AAAUAACCAGUAAUACCCAACGUGACUAUUGUUGUUCCGCGCACCGAGACGUGGCAGGCGGCGGGUCGUUGUUGACAUCAGGGGGAGAAGUGUUGCGGCGCCUCGUGUUGCUGAGACUGAUUAGAGGCUGACAGGAUGAUCUCCGACGUGCAGCUGGCGGUGUUCGUCAACAUCCUGGGCGUGACGCUGUUCCUGAUGGUGGUGCUGUACCAUUACAUUGCUGCCAACAACCCCAGGAGCCACUAGCUGAGAGAGGACGCCAGGUGGGUAGCGGUCGGGGGCAGGGAGGCAGAAGACCAAGCAACAGCACCAGUAACAGCCGCCGCCAUGGUGAAGCGUUACUACUGUGACUUCUGCGACCGCGCUUACCCCUACAGCGUCGACGCGUUCAGGAAGCACCGCAACGGCCACCAACACCAGAAGCUGCGCCGCGCACACUAUGACCAAUUUAAAAGUGCACGGGAGAGAUUGGAGGACGAGACUAAAAGGGAAAAGUGUCGCCGUUUUUUCUCUGGGCAGACGUGUUCCUUCGGAGAUACUUGUGUGUUCUCCCACCUCACCCAGGCCGGCUCCCAGGAACUCCAGCAGCAAGCCUGGGAGGAGGAGGAAGAGGAGAGAAGGAUGCAGCUCCCCACGCCAAUUCGAGAGGGACGAGAAGUGUCCGUCGAGGCUUGGCUCAAACAGAGGGACACCCUACCUAUCAUGCCCUCCCUUGUACCUGACACCCUGCCUGGCCCCUCCUCCACCACCCGGGACCCUGCUUCACACUUAACCGCUGGCCCUGUCCUCAUGUCCACCUCCUCCUCAUCCCUGCUUUCCUCCCUGCCCAGUCUUCCCCAAUCCCUUCCUCCUUCCCUCUUUCCGCCCACCAUGGAAUCGCUGUUGGGGGUUGAGUUUGCUAAGUGGGGGUGAAGUUUUUUUUUUUCUUUGUCGUAAGUUUUCAUUCCAUUCAUUGUGUUACGACUAGACAGAGAAGUGAAGGUUAAGUUUCUAUGGGAGCUGAGGUCAUAAACACAAAUAAUAUAAAUGGUUUUGGUUCAUUAUGGGCAGCGUUUUCCAUUUGUUGUUUUUGUUACUAUUUGAACAGUGAGAGAGAGAGAGAGAGAGGGGUAUGUAUUGAUGAUUUACAUAUGAAUAAAAAAAGAAAUGUUAA